AUGGAGUUGUCAUAUGAAGAAGUAUUACUUUCUUCUUGUGAUCCCGUAUUUUCAGAUGUUGAAUUCAGAAAACCAAAAGAGAUUGUUCUAAAAGAUGAAGAAAGAGAUAUUGAUCAAGAAGAAGAAGAAGAAGAAGAAGAAGAAAGAAACACAAAAGCGUGUGAUGGUGUUGACGAAUCAAGAUUGAAUCAAGAACUCAAUCUUUUAGACAGUUUAAACAUGGGUAAUUCAUCAGAAAGUACAACCCCACAAGCAUCCGAUACAACUGAGCCUAGGGUUUUUUCCUGCAACUACUGCCAAAGAAAGUUCUACAGCUCACAAGCACUAGGGGGUCACCAAAAUGCCCAUAAAAGAGAGAGAAAUCUUGCAAAAAGAGGCCAAAGAAUGGGGUUCCUUUCAGGUCCCAUGAUUUCAGCAGCUGCAGCUUUUGGCCAUACAUAUAUGCACCAGCAGCAACACCAGGAUCAAAACUACUGUUCUAGCCUUUCCUCGCUUCCUCUCCAUGGAUAUAACAACAACAGAUCACUUGGAAUUCAGCAACCAGCUAUAAGGAAGCUUAGUUCAGCAAGCUACGCCUCAAGUUUGGCGGCAGCUCCAUCAUCCCAUGCCGGUGUUGGGAGGUUUGAGGUAGUUAGGACAGGAAUGAGUUCAACCGGUAAGGAUGAGAUUGGUGGUCAUUGGUGGCCGGAGUUGAAGACUAAUCAAGAUGAGUCCCAAAAACUUGACUUGUCCCUCAAGCUCUAA